CGCUGCACCACCAGCAGCAUCAGCAGCAUCAGAUCCCCACAACGCUGCACCACCAGCAGCAGCAGCAGCAUCAUCAUCAGCAGCAGCCCCUCGGCGUGGCCCCUCCUGGCCCCGAGUUCUCGGGCAGUGGCGCAGCCGUUGCCCUGCAGGCGCCGGGCGCGCGACGCAAGGUGAAGCGCAGGAGGCGGCGUCGCUCGCGACAGAAAGAUCGCGCUCUCGCCCUGUUGCCCGCGAGGGGAGCCCCCCCCGCCUUCUGGCACGCGAGGUCGCACGAGCAGCAGCGACAAGAGGAGGACAACAUGAGUUCUGGCAGCGUGAAGGAAAACUGCCUCCUGUCUGACAGCGACGACUCCCAAGAGGCGGCCACAGCUCCCGUGCAGGGUCUCUCCCCCUCUGCGUCGGGGCCUGAAGUGAGCGGCCUGCGGGGCCCGGCUGGUGGGGGACUCAAGCGGGCGCUGGAGGAGGAGAACGCGGGACGGGCCCCUCCGCGCUUCCGCCCUAAGAGGAGACGCCACGUGGGGGGCCUCUCCCUGAUGGCCCUGCCCAUGCCCUUUCCUCUGCAUGCCGCAUUCGUUCCGCCACCCCCCCACAACCAGCACGCUCACCACCUCGCGCCUACCACCACCACCAGCAGCAGCAGCUACGGGGCAACACCGCUGCAGCCACCACAUCCACCACCACAUCCACUGGCACCACCACCGCCAACGCUGCUGCCGUCGCAACCACCCCCGUCGCUGCUGCUGCUGCUGCCACCUCCGCCGCCGCCCAACAAGAACGCGCUGAUGCAGCUCAACGAGCUGCGGCCGGGCCUGCAGUACCGCGUGGUGUCGCAGACGGGGCCCGUACACGCGCCGCGCUUCACGCUCGCCGUGGACGUGAACGGCGACACCUUCGUGGGCGUGGGCCCCACGAAGCGCGAGGCGAAGGCGCGUGCGGCCGAGCGCGCGCUGCGCUCCUUCGUGCAGUUCCCCAACGCGUGGGAGGCGCACCGCGCCAUGGGCCGAGCCGCCUCUGCGCUGCCCGCCAAUGCUGACUUCGCCCGUGACGAGCAGGGGGAGCACGAGAUGAGAUUCGAUGUCGCCGACUUUGCGUCUGAGCCAGGAGUCGCCGCCGGCGGCGGUGGUGGUCGCGGUGUUGGUGACCGCGCGGACGUUGGUGGAGCUGGUGGUGACUGCGUUGUUGGCGGUGUUGGUGACGGCAUUAGAGGCAGUAACGAUGGCGUUGUUGGUGAUAGCGGCAGUGUUCAUGGCGGUAUUGGCAGUACUAAUGGUGGUUUUGGUGUUGAUCGUGAUUUUAAUGACGGUGGUGGUAGUGGUGGUGGUGUUGCCGAUUUCCCAGGAAGAGGAAUCGCAGCGGCUGUGGCGGUUGUGUCAUCCACCGCCACAACCUGCUCCACCAUCUCGAUACAACUCAUGGGUAGCAGCAGCAGCAGUAGUCAAAUACGAUCGCCCAGCGCUCUAGGCUGCGGGGGUCAACAUGGACACGACAUGGGUUUUCAGCACAAUGGACAACUCCAGGUUGACCACGGACAGGGGUCACCCUUGACGCGUAGCCCACGCAUGGAGCCCUCGCAGGGAAGCUCGGCCCCUCCCGAACCCUCCCCACUACGGCACCCCACUCUCACGCAGCUCACGCCGAGACUAUCAGAAUGGGCGCCUCGGACACUUGCGUGCCGGGCGCUGAAACACAACAACAACCGCAGUAGCCACAACAACUACAACAACAACAACACCACAAGCGACUCAAGCGUGCACUCUAGAACUUUAAAGGGCGAGUGCUGCUACUACAGUUGGAAUGACUACAGAUACAACAUCAGCAGCAGCAACAACAGCAGCAGCGGCUACAGCAACAGCAGUCAAGCAGUGAUCACAAAGAGAGCUCCCCUCGCAUUGGAAGCGGACGCGUCCGUCCCGCAUGCGGUUGCAUGGGCUCAGAGGACGCAUUCCGGUGGCGGGGCUACUCCAAGCGAGGAUCUGCAGGCCCUGGAGAGCUACCAACCCCCCGGGGGGCCUCCACUGGGCGCGGUGGCCCUCUUCGACGCCUUCAGCCAGGUGCGCAACAAUCCCGUGUGGGCCCUCGGCGCGCUGCAUCCCGACGCGGCCUUUGGAGACAUCGCGGGACCCCCCGGAGUGCCCGGGGCAGCUGGGCCGACGACGGCCGAGGGCGUCUCUCCUCGUGUGGUGGUGCAGGUGACCGUGGGCGGAUGCUCCUUCAGGGGAGCGGCGCGGAGCAAGAGGGUAGCUCGGAGCCGCGCGGCCCAGGCUGCCCUGAGGGCGCUCUACGGGAUAGGGGCCGCGUUUAGGCCGGCCCGACCACCGACUGUGGGCCCUCCGCAGGACCUGGGCGAGAACCACGCGGUGCUCUCGCAGGCACUCGCGGACCGCGUGGCGCGCCUCGUGCUCGAGAAGUUCGCGGAGCUGGCGGGAGGGGGAGGCGCCGGAGGAGGAGGAGGAGCCGCGGCGCGUGGCGGGGUGGCCGCUGCGCUGCUGGAGCGGCGCAAGGUGCUGGCCGGGAUGGUGCUGACCCGCGGCGACGGGGGCGCCACGAGCGAGGCGCGCGUCGUCUGCCUGGCCACGGGCACCAAGUGCCUACACGGGGAGUUUAUGAGCGUGGCGGGCCUGGCGCUCAACGACUGCCACGCCGAGGUGCUGUGCCGCCGCGCCCUGCUGCGCUACUUCUACUCCCAGCUGCAGCUGCUCACCAGCCCCGUGGCCAGCGAGCGCGAUAGCUCGGUGGUGGAGGUGCGUGCAGGCGGGGGCUACCGCCUGCGGCCCGGCUGGAGGCUGCAUCUCUACGUGAGCACGGCGCCGUGCGGGGACGCCAGGCUCUUCUCCACGCAGGAGAGGGAGGGUAAUGCAGUCGGCGCGGACCGGCACCCGAGGCGGCGUGCUCGGGGCCAGCUGCGCACGAAGCUGGAGUGUGGCGAGGGCACGGUGCCAGCUCGCCGCUGCCUGGAGCCACAAACGUGGGACGGCGUCCUCCAGGGAGAGCCCCUCCUCGCCAUGGCCUGCAGCGACAAGAUCGCUCGGUGGAACGUGCUGGGCGUGCAGGGCGCCCUGCUCAGCCGGCUUCUGGAGCCCAUCUACCUGCAUGGCCUGGUGCUGGGCAGCCUCUACCGGCCGCAGCACCUGUGGCGAGCGGUGUGCACGCGCGUGCGUGGCGUCACGCACCUGCCCGGCCCCUACCGCCUCAACGCGCCGCGCCUCGCCUGCAGCAGCGAUCCCGAUGUGAGGCGGCCGGGCAAAGCGCCCGUGUGCUGCCUCAACUGGAGCGCGGGCGAGCCGGGUCUGGAGGCGGUGAGCGGAGCUACGGGGAAGGCGGAGGGUGGGCGACCUUCGCGGCUGUGCAAGCAGGCGCUGUUCGCUCGCUGGGCGCAGCUGCACCCCAAGCUCAGCGUCCGCGUGGCCCCUUCAGCCUGCCGUGGGCACCCGGAGGCCACCCCACCGGGCACCUACGCCGAGGCGAAGCAAGCUGCGCGGGACUACCAGGCGGCCAAGCAGCAGCUGUUCCGCGGGCUGCGCAGAGCCGGCCUGGGUGACUGGGUGAAGAAGCCCAUGGAGCAAGACCAGUUCUGCCUGCAGAUGCCCUGAGGGCACGCGGCGAGCAACUAUUUGUUAUUCUGCUACUUUCCAUCGGUGUGAGAAAGCAGCGGCAACAACAGCAGCGGUAACAGCAACAGCAACAACACACGCAGGGUGUGUGUGUGAUGAGCGCUCUGUUCCAGGUUAUUGGAAAUGACACUUUGUGACCUCUUGUUCAUGUUCCGUUGCCAAGUAAGAGGGAUGUUUCGUUCUCUCGAGCUCUCUCUCUGCGCGCGCGGCUGUAUCACGAGGUGAUCGCGGCGCUAUAAAUAAUUCCGCUAUAAAUGCCAGGGCAGGGUUAUUUUUUUUUUUUAGACGCCUGGCAGACUUUAAAUUGGUCCUCGACAUGUCACCCUGAUUGCACGUUUUGGCUUAGACUCCGACAACGUUGAUUCACGCGUGAAAGGUUUAUUUUUGAUUUUAUGUAAUUCUCAGAGCCCGGGAUUUGUUAAAUGACCAUCCUGCCGCGAAUGCAGAGCCUCGGACUCGCGGUGCCGCGGUGCGGAGUCGCGACUGGCUCGCGUUUAAUGCGACUUUAAAAAAUAAAACACAAGCCCCGUUCACGCAUGAACGGUGCAUUCCGAUUGGCCUAGCCCGACAGAGCGGAGAGGAACGACACGGCCUGGCAGGGGCGACGGCCGCUCCCAUGUAGCCGAGACGCACGGAACAAUACCACCUCCCCCCCCCUCCCCCACACACAGUUUUCUACAUGUGCACGCGUAAUGAUUAUUCUUCCUGCUCCAAAAUCAAACGAAUUAAUUUGGCGGUUCUGCUGCUGCGUUGGCAGUGGUGCAAGAGCGCGUAUACUAUUAAUAAUACAAUACAUUAGUUGAUAACGCAUCCUUGCAGGGUAAAAAAUAUAUAUAAUAGGCGACGUUUUGGGCAAUAUGGCCCUUCUUAAUAGCAACUGCAUAGAGUGGACGGAGAUUUAUACUCUUUGGUUCUUUCGGUAAAGUCACGUAGGUAGAAAAAAAAUACAACAAAAUAAAAAUAAAUCAAGAUUGAGGACAGAGAUUUGUUUUAUUAUUAAAAUUGACGCUUAUGCUCACAAUGCGCGCGCCCAAUCACGCAUGCACGGGUGGAUUCAUUGCAGUUCAAGUUGCGUCCAACGUGGUUUCAUUGGGGUAACGGUCGGAAUGAAUGACUUGCUGGAACGAACGGGACCAGUUGAGUUGGUUGUGAUGAAGCCAAGAGACCAGGAUAGAGUCUCAUUUUACGAGAAGUGACGUGGCU